CUUUCUCCUCCCUAUUAUUAUCCUUUUGUUAGAAUUCAAACAAGGAUUUUGAUUGAAAAAGGCAAGAAGAUCAGUGAAACUACAAUGUGAAAGCCAUGACCCAAAACUCUACAAAAUCAAUGAAGAGGAGAGAGAAGUUCAAUUACUAAAUCUUGAGAACGAAGGAAAAAUAAUGUGGCAAACAAUGUUCUUCUUCAAGUACAUGUUGUUGCUUCUCCUCUGCAGAUUUGUACCAUCACAACUAGAAGAUGUUAGUUUCACUUACAAUGGCUUUCAAGGAGUUAACAUGAGCUUGGACGGUUUAGCCCAGAUCACAGACAAUGGUCUCCUAAUGUUGGCAAACACCACACCGGUACAGAUGGGUCAUGCCUUCCAUCCCCAGCCAGUUCACUUCAGAAAUUCGUCCAAUGGUAAUGUUCUCUCCUUCUCUACUACUUUUGUGUUCGCCUUGUUCUCUGAGAUACCAACACUAGGAGGUCCUGGAAUUGUGUUCGUGAUCGCACCCUCCAGAGGGUUCCCUGGUGCUAUAUCAACCAGUUAUAUGGGCAUCUUCAACACCACAAACAACGGUAACUCAUCUAACCAUGUAAUUGGAGUCGAGUUGGAUACUUUCCAAAAUACACAGUUUGAUGAUAUUGAUGAUAACCACGUCGGUAUUGAUAUUAAUGAUUUGAGAUCUGUUAAAGCUGCUUCGGCAUCUUAUUUUAGUGAUCAGGAAAAUCGAUACGUGAACCUCAGCCUUUACAGUGGACACACAAUGCAACUUUGGGUGGAAUAUGAUGGUACAGAGAAGCAACUUAAUGUGACUUUAGCUCCAACUACCGUCCCUGCUAAACCAACCAUUCCACUCUUGUCCUUGAACAUUGAUCUUUCACGUUACAUGGUAGAUCCUAUGUUCGUGGGCUUCUCAUCAUCUACUUCUGCCACAAAAACACCUCAAUAUGUGUUGGGGUGGAGCUUUAAGAUGAACGGUCAAGCAAAAGAACUUUCUCUUUCCCAACUUCCUAAGCUUCCUCGAAUGGGACCUAAAACAAGGCCUAGAAUUUUUAGCAUUGGAUUUCCUGUGAUCGGUGCUAGUUUAUUUUUCAUGUCCAUCGUUAUCAUCCAAUUUAUUGUAGCAAGGAAGAACAAGUUUGCAGAAGUUCGUGAAGACUGGGAACUUGAAUAUGGACCUCACAGGUUCAAAUAUAAAGAUCUCUACUUCGCAACCAAAGGAUUUCAUGACAAAGAGCUUCUUGGUAUAGGUGGCUUUGGUAAAGUCUACAAAGGUGUAUUACCCACCUCAAAAGUAGAGAUUGCAGUGAAGAGAGUAUCACAUGAUUCAACACAAGGGGUGAAAGAAUUCGUUGCUGAGAUCGUCAGCAUCGGUAAAUUGCAGCAUCAAAAUAUUGUAACACUCUUGGGGUAUUGUCGACGUAAAGGAGAGCUCCUUCUAGUCUAUGAUUUCAUGGCCAACGGAAGUCUAGACAAGUUCCUAUUUCAUCAAUCUACAACAUUGAGUUGGAAACAAAGAUUUCAAAUUAUCAAAAGUGUGGCAUCCGCGUUACUAUAUCUUCAUGAAGAGUGGGAACAAGUUGUGGUUCACAGAGACAUCAAGUCCAGUAAUGUCAUGUUAGACAGGGAAAUGAACGGGAGAUUGGGAGAUUUUGGGCUCGCAAAAUUAUAUGAUCAUGGUGGGGAUCCAGAAACCACCCAUGUGGUGGGUACUUUUGGUUAUCUUGCACCAGAAUUUGCAAGAACUGGCAAAGCAAAUCCUAGUGUGGAUGUGUUUGCAUUUGGGGUUUUUUUGCUGGAAGUGGCUUGUGGUAGGAGGCCAAUUGAUCCACAAGCAUCAGAAGAGUGUAUUGAGUUGGUGGAUUGGGUGAUCUCAAGUUGGAAUAGUGGGAAGAUUCUUGAAACUGUGGAUCCCAAAUUGGAAAUGACUUAUGAAGUGGAGGAAAUGGAGUUAGUGUUAAAACUCGGAUUGCUUUGCUCUCAAUCCGAUCCAAUUGCAAGGCCAUGUAUGAGACACGUUGUCGGAUAUUUGGAGGGAGAGAUUCCACAACCGGACCUGCCAUCUUUGAUUUCAGAAAGUACUGGUGAAGCCUCAUUUUGGGGUCCCUAUUGUAGUAGUGGAAAGACUCCGCCAUCAUCAAUUGCAGACUCUCUACCUUCUGGAGGACGCUGAUAUCUAGUUUUUGUUUUUUUGGUUAAGAGUAGUUAUGUUUUUUGUUUUACUAGCAAGCCCAGGCCUUUCUGGGAUUCAUGGACUCGGCCAAGUCAUCCCCAAGAAGUCUGGAAGUCCGGUGGCAGGGGCUAGUUUUUUUCUUAGUUGUUGGAGCUUAUGGUGUUUCAGUCUCUCAUUGUAUAAUCCUUCUUUUCUUAAGGGGGAAAAAAAAAAGAAGCUUAUUUAUUUUAGUAAGAUGUCUUCUAUUUAUAAGUGGGAUUAAGUCAA